CAUUAUUUGGACUAAAACGUCUUAAGCACUUGACACUGUCGCUAUGGCUUUAAGCUUGUCACACACUCAAAGAGCGCAUGUGAAUUUUCUCUAGCAUAGGUACAGGUGGGCUGGUUCUCUAAUCACACACACACUUACCCAAUCCAACCUCUAUAGCCAGUGGAGUUUGUUUGCAGUCCUGCACUCAGGUGGAAACUUCAAAGCACGCUACACUCUCAUAGCAACAGACAGAGCAGACUGAGGCAGCAUGAACUCAGACACAGUACAGUAUUCUGGAGUGAAGUGCAGUGACGAAAAUCCUAGUGUGCUUACAGAUGACGACUAUAACUCUAAGAAGAAAAGAUACGUAAAAAAAGAUGGGAGCUGUAACAUGGUUGUGCGGAACGUUCCAGAGGAGUGGCUUCUCUGGAUCACUGACAUCUUCACUACCCUGGUAGAGAUCCACUGGAGGGUCAUGUUCUUGACAUUUGCUCUCUCCUACAUUUUAUCAUGGCUCUUUUUUGGAAUUUUGUUCUGGAUCAUUGCAUUGACCCACGGCGAUAUGAAAGACCCCAACAAAGAGCCAUGUGUUUAUGAGGUUCGAAGUUUUACAGCAGCAUUUCUAUUCUCAUUAGAGACCCAAACCACCAUUGGUUAUGGCUUUCGGGGGAUGUCAGAGAACUGUAUGAUUGCCAUCAUUGUAGUUACCAUCCAAGAUGUCAUCAGUGUCUUCAUUGACACUUUUGUCAUCGGCAUUGCAGUUGCCAAGAUGGCAUCUGCCCGUAAGAGAGCCCAAACGGUUGGAUUCAGCAACUGUGCGGUGAUCAGCUUACGUGACGGUCACCUAUGCCUGUCAUGGCGGGUCGGGGACUUCCGAAGGAACCACAUGGUAGAAGGUACAGCUCAUGCACAGCUGGUACGGCACCUGGCACACAGCACAGGAAAAGUUAACAUUACAUACAAAGACCUCAACAUUGAAGAGAAUAACAUCAUCCUGGCCAUCCCAACAACUAUAGUUCAUAAAAUCAGUCCUGGCAGUCCUCUAUACAAGGUGAGCUUGAAGGACCUGAGGAAGGAGAACUUUGAGCUGGUGGUCUCUUUCACCUAUACAGAUGACUGCACGGGCAUCCUUCACCAGACACGCACAUCCUACUAUUCAAGUGAGAUUAUGUGGGGCCAGCACUUUCAGGAGAUGAUCAAGGUCACCCGCAGGAACUACAGAGUGGACUACGCCCUGUUCAACCACACAGUUAAAGUCCUGGUCCCAGAAUUAAGCGCAGAGGAGUAUGACCUAAAGAAGUGCUCGCAACAGCCAAAACACAAACCACUCCACAAAAGUUCUUCAACGGCAGCUGUGGAAUUGGUUAAUGGGAAUAGUCUUGAGGCAGAAAAAGCAUCCACCAGCAGUGCUGUCCAAGAACACAAGCUAUAACAGUAGACUACAUCCUGACUCUGCUAAAAUACUUUUGAAAUCAGGCUCUCUCAAUGGCAUCACUAUAAGAAAUAGCCUAGCGCACUUAUAGUUAGAUUUAGACAUAAAGGUCAGUUAGCAGGAAUAUCUUAAAAAGCCCUUCUAACACAGACUGUAUCCAGGACAGGUACUGGAAUAUCAAAUUAAAUCCCUGUAGGCAUUUUGGCUUUGAUGAGAAUCCAGUUAGAGCAC